AUGGCUCCAAGCUCUAGCUCUGACUCUGACACCAGUGAUGGCUCGUGGUCCGACUUGACCAGUGAUGCACAGGAGACCUGGAAUGAGAUCGCACCAGUCUUCGAGAACCUGACUCUCGACCAACUCAUCAACAGUACCGGUCGUAUUUCGUGGUCUGCGGACUCGCUUCGCACUCUUUACAAGUUCUGCUCUCAGCAUCAAAUCUCUGCUCGCAAUCUCCCAUCUCCAGAGCUGCUGUCUGACUUGCUCAAGCUGCUCGGAGCGCCUCGCACCGAUGCUACAGCUUACACCAACGCCGCCAAGCGCACCGUGUCUGCACUCACGACUCGCAUCAGUCAACGCAAUCCGGCGCUGACGGAGUCUCAGGGCUCAGGGGGACUUUGGAAAUGUGUCUGGGCGGGCUGGAGUAAGCGCUGGUUUGAGAAGGAGGAUUGGAACGGAGACAUUUCCAUGCCUGCAGAUGUCACAGCCGCCGAGGGAUUGCCACGUAAAAGCAUUCCUCGGCGUCAUGUUAUGGGCGAGAAGGCUCUGCUCAAUGCCCUUGUCGCGUUCCAGGCUCCUCGUCUUACCGCGAUCCGAACUGGCAAUCACCCAGGAGGUCACCGUGACUCCAGUCACGCUGACCUCACUGCACGCAUCACAGCCCUCGAAGGAGAAAAGAUAGCCCUUGAAGAGCAGAACUCAGGCCUUACGACGCAGAACGCAGAUAAGAUUGAAACUCUUGAGCGUGAGAAGGCAUCUCUGGAGGCGCGCAUGUCAAGCCAGAACACCACGAACGACACCCGGAUCUCAGGCCUUACUGGUCAAGUGGCAGGUCUCAAGCGCCAGAACACAACGCUGGAGAAGGCACUUAAGGAUCAGAAAGCGACAUCGACGGCUCAGUUGGAAAUGGAUCUCGCUCUCUCGAGGGCAAAGAACUCCGACCUCCAGAAACAGCUGGCAGCAGCCAAGAGCAAGUCUACCUACAGCUCCAGCUCCAGCCUCUCCAACCACAUCGCAGUCCUCAAAGCGGAGAUGACGGCCAAAGUCCAGAACCUCCAGGCGGAGAAUCAGGUGCUCAAAGAGAAAGAAGAGCUGGAAGCUGAGAAGAGCCAGGAAAUGUAUGCCAAUCUUCUCCGUCAGGAUGAGAAAGUCCGCUUUCUCGCGCAGGAGACUAAGAAGCUGAAUGCUGAGCUGGAGAUGUACCGUAACCGCCGUGAUUCAUCCACCCCGGUGCCAACCACGCCUCUCGCUCCGUCUCGAUCGCACGGGAAGGGAAAGAUGGUGUUGCCGGAUGAUGGGAAUGAUGAUGCCUCGCCGCUUGAUUACCGGAGCUUCAACACGAACGUUCAUCCCCUGCCAUCGCCAACGCCAUCGUAUGAUGGCGGAUGGGAUGCACUUUGA